AUGGACCCUAGCACGUUCGAAGUUCGAGCCUCCCUUAUCCUGACCGGUUUGGGUUUCAACAAGAAGACCAUUCAUAAGAAGACCAAAGAUAUGUCCGGUGGUUGGAGAAUGCGAGUGGCGCUGGCCAGGGCUCUCUUCGUCAAGCCAUCCCUCCUCCUUCUGGACGACCCGACGGCUCAUCUUGACCUCGAGGCGUGUGUGUGGUUGGAGGAGUACCUCAAGAAGUGGGACAAGACCUUGAUCCUGGUUUCACACUCCAUGGAUUUCCUAAACGGCGUCUGCACAAACAUGAUCGAUAUGCGGCAAAAAAAGUUACUUUAUUAUGGUGGCAACUACGAUUCCUACAUCAAGACCCGGACGGAACAAGAGACCAAUCAACAAAAGGCCUACCUCAAGCAACAAGAAGAAAUUGCACACAUCAAAAAAUUCAUUGCCUCUGCCGGCACAUAUGCUAAUUUGGUCCGACAAGCCAAAUCAAGACAGAAGAUCUUGGACAAAAUGGAAGCAGACGGAUUCAUCCAACCUGUCAUUCAAGAUCGAGUGUUCACAUUCAGAUUUGCCGAUGUUGAAAAACUGCCUCCUCCGGUUCUCUCUUUUGACGAUGUCACAUUCAGCUAUUCCGGGAAGGCUGAAGACAAUCUGUACGAGCACCUCGAUCUUGGUGUGGACAUGGACAGCAGAAUGGCCCUUGUGGGACCCAACGGUGUGGGUAAAUCGACGUUGCUGCGUAUCAUGACUGGCAAACUCUCCCCGACCGGCGGAUCGGUCAGCAGACACACCCACUUGAAGCUGGGACUUUAUUCACAGCACUCGGCCGAACAGCUCGACUUGACCAAGUCCGCACUCGACUUCGUGCGAGACAAGUACUCCUCCACAUCCCAAGACUACCAAUACUGGCGCCAACAGCUCGGCCGCUAUGGUCUUUCCGGUGACGCGCAGACUGCUUUGAUGGGCACACUUUCCGAGGGCCAAAGAUCUCGAGUGGUUUUUGCUCUCUUGGCCAUUGAGGGCCCCAAUAUGCUCCUGCUUGACGAACCUACCAAUGGUCUCGACAUUCCAACGAUUGAUUCUUUGGCUGACGCUAUCAAUGCCUUUUCCGGCGGUGUCGUAGUUGUCUCUCACGAUUUCAGGUUGCUUGACAAAAUCGCCAAGGACAUCAUGGUGUGCGAGAACAAGACUGUCCGACGAUGGGACGGGUCGAUUGGCGAGUACAAAAAUUACCUCCGCAAAAAGAUGGUGUCCAUGGGACAAGUUUGA